AUGAGCUUCCUGGCGAAGCUUUCGCAAUUGAAAAAGCCAAGUGGGCGCUUGCAGCUAGAAAAAAACGGCCAAAAACUGACAAACGAAGGAAGCAAAAUCAAUGGUAAUAAGCAAACUGACUCGCUCAAACUUGAGAGUUCUCUGCUGCCACAAAGCUACGUGCGUCAAGAAGACCCUGCUGUAAAGCGUCUCAAAGAGCUGCGACGGAAAGAGCAGAUGAAAAUUGCUACGAAGUCAGGCAAACAAAUACCAGCGCCAUCUUCUAACAGGAAGAAGAAGGAAGUGUCAAAUAUGAAUAAUACAGAAACCAAGUUUCGCCGAAAGGUUGGCGAUUCCAGCAGAACUGAAAAGCCUUCUUCAAGCGUUCAACGUGCUCCUAUGAAGAAAUUGAGUUUUGAAGAACUCAUGAAGCAAGCGGAAGAAAGCGCUAAAACAGCGACGCUAGAUAGUAGCUUUACCUCUAAGAGUGUAUCAUCGGUUGGCAAUAAACCCAAGACAAGACCCGUACAGCUGGAAAAACCCAAAAGGAAUGGCCCGGUAAAAAAACUGAAUAACAUGCCAACACAUCACACCGAACACGCGAGGCGUAAAGCUCCAAUACCUUCUCACCUUCCAGCUCCCAUACCAUCUGUAGCACAGCCAAAUGCGAAUUUACGGAGAAAAUUGGACACGCUCAAGAAAAGCAGGCGGCCCAAACGCAAUGAUUACGAGGAGGAAGAAGAAGAUAUGGACGAUUUUAUAGAAGAUGAUGAAGAAGAACCAGAAUACAACCGUGAUGAAAUCUGGGCCAUGUUCAAUAAAGGCAAGAGAAGAAGAGACUUUGAGAGUGAAGACGAAUCUGACAUGGAGGCUAAUGAGAUGGAAAUUCUUGAAGAAGAAGAAAGGGCAACGAAAAUGGCCAGAUUGGAAGAUAGAAAGGAAGAGGAAUGGCUGAAAAAACACGAAGAACAGAAGAAAAAAAGGUUCACAAAGUCUUAA